CGCCCGGCCGCCGCCGCCGUCAUGGGGGAGCUGGUGCGGGAGGAGCUGUCGGCUUUGGCGGCUAUUUUCUGUGGGCCGGACGAGUGGGAGGUGGUGAGCUGCUCAGAAACAGAUGGAGCUUCAUUCAGAAUUAACACCAGUGGACAAGGAUUUUUGGAUGAAAAUAUACCAUUAAAACUAUCAUUUCAUUUACCAGCUACUUACCCAUUUUGUCUACCAAGGAUCUCCGUUAAUUCUCAGCACCUUACCAGGGCACAGUGUACAGUUAUAAAAGAGAAGCUACUUGAACAAGCAAAAAAACUUUUGUCUGAGCCGAUGGUACAUGAACUGGUUCUCUGGAUUCAACAAAACCUCAAACACGUCAUUGGGCAACCAGAAACAACUGUUAGCUCUGAAAACUGCACUUUGUCAACAAGUACGUCGAUGGAUGAUGGAACAUGGAUAGCCCUUUUGCAUAUAGAUCACAUGAGAGCAAAAACUAAGUAUGUCAAAACUGUGGAGAAGUGGACUUCCAAUUUAAGACUUACUGGAAGACUGAUGUUUUGGGGCAAAAUAAUACUCGUUCUUCUACAAGGAGACAGAAACAGUAUCAAGGAAUACCUGAUUCUUCAGAAAACCUCCAAAGUUGAUGUGGACUCAAGCGGAAAGAAAUGCAAAGAGAAAAUGAUUAGUAUACUCUUUGAAACAAAAGUACAGAUGGAACACAAAAGGUUCCUGGCAUUUGAAGUCAAAGAGUAUUCAUCGUUGGAUGAGCUACUAAAGGAAUUUGAAGCUGCAGGGCUUAAGGAGAUGUUCUCUGAGUUUGUACUUCCACUGGUAAAAUGAAAUAAAAAACACAGGAGUCUUUUAGUAAAA